AGGCGGGGAGUGACGCGGUUUGCGUCUAGAGCGGCUCCUUGGAGUCCACAGCAUCCACCGCCAGAGCCUCGCCUUCCUUUCUCCGUCUGCAGACAUAUCGAGACACAAAAAGAGGCAACCCCUGGACCAGCGCGAGGGAGCUACUCCCAUCAUGACCGAGACCACAAAGACCCACGUUAUCCUGCUGGCCUGUGGCAGCUUCAAUCCCAUCACUAAAGGGCACAUUCAGAUGUUCGAAAGAGCCAGGGAUUAUCUGCAUAAGACUGGAAGAUUCAUUGUGAUUGGUGGGAUUGUCUCUCCUGUCCACGACUCCUAUGGAAAACAGGGCCUUGUGUCGAGCCGGCAUCGCCUCAUCAUGUGUCAGCUGGCUGUCCAGAAUUCCGACUGGAUCAGAGUGGACCCAUGGGAGUGCUACCAAGACACCUGGCAGACGACCUGCAGCGUGUUGGAACACCAUCGAGACCUCAUGAAGAGGGUGACUGGCUGCAUCCUCUCCAAUGUCAACACGCCUUCCAUGACACCUGUGAUUGGACAGCCACAACAGGAGAACACCCAGCCCAUUUACCAGAACAGCAAUGUGACCACCAAGCCCACUGCAGCCAAGAUCUUGGGAAAGGUGGGAGAAAGCCUCACCAGGAUCUGCUGUGUCCGCCCUCCUGUGGAGCGCUUCACCUUUGUAGAUGAGAAUGCCAACCUGGGCACAGUGAUGCGGUAUGAAGAGAUUGAGCUACGCAUCCUGCUCUUGUGUGGUAGUGAUCUGCUGGAGUCCUUCUGCAUCCCAGGACUCUGGAAUGAGGCCGACAUGGAGGUGAUUGUUGGGGACUUUGGGAUUGUGGUGGUGCCCCGGGAUGCAGCUGACACAGACAGAAUCAUGAAUCACUCCUCAAUACUCCGCAAAUACAAAAACAACAUCAUGGUGGUGAAGGAUGACAUCAACCAUCCCAUGUCUGUAGUCAGCUCCACCAAGAGCAGGCUGGCCCUGCAGCAUGGGGACGGCCAUGUCGUGGAUUACCUAUCCCAGCCAGUCAUCGACUACAUCCUCAAGAGUCAGCUGUACAUCAACGCCUCCGGCUAGCGACAUCCAGCUCUCUGCUCUACCCUCCCCGUGUCCUCUGCCAACACUCUGGCCUCUCCAGCCACUGUCAGACCCCAUUUUCUCUCUGCCUCUCUGUUUCUCUGUCUUCAUCUUGACUGUUCUCCCUACUGGCUGACUUAACCCCCACAGUGUGGGGGCCUGCGAAGAACCGUGGCAUUCCCAUUCCACAGUCAUCUUUGGAUAAACUUUCCUCUAGUCUCCGGGUUGGGGGUGGGUAAGGGAACAGGGUGGGAGUUGGGGGAAGUGCAGCCCUUGGAGAUGUACUGGUGUCCGUCUCCCAGCAUGCUCUAAAGAGGCGACUCUGGUGCCAUCCUCCCAGCAUGCUCUGGGAGUGCGGCUCAGGCUCUCGCCUUCCCAGCAUGCCCUUUACCACAAAGGGCUACUUUUUCUUUAUUUCUUUCCCUUUGUCCACUUCUUGUAGAACUUGGAUGGAA